CAUGCGUAAUACAGCGGCGGGGGGUGACGCAUGCGUACUAGCCUGUCGGGACUAGCGCGUACGUUUUGUUGUUGCCGGGACUGAGGCAUACGUGGAACGCUCCAGGCGCGCUGUGCUGGUGCCGGCGUCAUGGCGCUGGUGUCGGCGGACUCGCGCAUCGCCGAGCUGCUGGCGGAGCUUCAGCGGCUGCUGGGGCACACGCAGGAGGAGCGCUCCCGCAGCGAGCACAACCUCAUCAACAUCCAGAAAACACACGAGAGGAUGCAGACUGAGAACAAGAUCUCUCCAUACUACCGCACGAAGCUGCGUGGGCUGUACACCACCGCCAAGGCGGAUGCCGAGGCUGAGUGCAACAUUCUGCGCAAGGCACUGGACAAGAUCGCCGAGAUCAAGUCUCUGCUGGAGGAGCGCCGCAUUGCCGCCAAGAUCGCGGGGAUCUACAGCGAUGCGGAGCCACCGCGGAAGACGAUGCGCCGGGGUGUGCUGAUGACGCUGCUGCAGCAGUCUGCCAUGACGCUGCCACUCUGGAUUGGCAAGCCAGGCGACAAGCCCCCCCCACUGUGCGGCGCCAUGCCUGCAGCCGGGGACUACGUGGCCAAGCCUGGGGACAAGGUGGCGGCACGCGUCAAGGCGGUGGACGGAGACGAGCAGUGGAUCCUGGCUGAGGUGGUCAGCUACAGCCACGCCGCCAACAAGAGGCACACGCUGAGCCGGCGCCGCGUGAUCCCGCUGCCACAGUGGAAAGCAAACCCCGAGACUGACCCAGAAGCACUGUUCCAGCGGGAGCAGCUGGUGCUGGCGCUGUACCCGCAGACCACCUGCUUCUACCGCGCCCUCAUCCACGCGCCACCACAGCGGCCCCAGGACGACUACUCAGUGCUGUUUGAGGACACAUCGUACGCUGAUGGUUACUCGCCGCCGCUGAACGUGGCACAGCGCUACGUCGUUGCCUGCAAGGAGACCAAGAAGAAGUGAUGUGACCUGCGCAGUUUGGGGUACUUUAGGGCUUUGGGGCCGAUUUGGGGAUUUUUGGCGGUCUGGGGAUCUGUGAGGGUUAUGUCAAGGUCCGGUGUGAUGGGCCGUGCUGUUUUUUGGGGUGAAUUUGGGACGUUUUGUUUUUUUGCUGUCACGGGUGAGGGGCAGUAAGGAGCCCUGUAGCAGAACUGCAGGGGCCCCAAAAUCACAACAUUCCUCCCCAAAACUCACCCCAUCCUAAAGGAUCCCAAACUCACCCCAUAGCACCCCCCAGCAACCCACAGCGACUCCAAACUCACCACAUAAGGCCCCGAAGUGUUUCCCAUGACCCCAAACUCAGCCCAUAGGGCCCCACAGUGAAACAUAGGGAUCCCAGGGACCCCAAACCCACCCCACAGGCUCCCAAAGUGACCCACAGGACCCCAGACCCACCCCACAGGACUCCUGAGCAUCCCUCAAGGACCCCACACCACCCUGCAGAACUUGGAAACGCCCACUGGAAGAUUUCAGAAUUGCGAAACGCCGCGUGAGGACCACAAAGGGCUCAAAGUGACUGACCCUGUGGGUCCCAGAAUGCCCCUAAUGAUCCCAAAUCCACCUGAACGACCCCCAGUCAGCGCUAGGACCCAAAAGAAUGAUGCUGGGAACGGCUCCACCAAUCGCUUUAUUGGGAAUAAAAAAUUAUAUUAAAAAGCA